AUUCUUGUCGCAGCCAUAGGCGCAACUGGGCACGGUUACCGUACAUCAGAGUAAAAUUGUCAUUACAUCUCUAAAUGUCAUUUACACGAAGAUGUGAUUGCAGAUUUGACUGAGGGGAAUUGAAUUUUAACCUUUGGCAUGGUGAAGUGUCAAGGUUUGAAUGAAGAUGGUGGACCAUGUGGACUUGACCUACAGGAAGCUGCCAAGUUCUGUCCAGAAUGUGGUACACGUGUACCUAAAGCUACUGUUUAUGAAAAACCUAAAGAUACUGUUCCUUGUCCUGGAACAUAUGACGGAAAUCCAUGCAGCAACAAAGGACUUAAACUUGAUAAGAGAUUCUGUGAUUUUUGUGGAUGGAAAGUAAACCAGUCCAUAUUUGAGCCAGGGUCCAUAGUGUGUGGGGCAGACAGGGGAGAAACACGAUGUACAGGAAUCAUCAAGAAAAAUGAAACUACCUGUCCCAUUUGCGAAUCUGAGAAAGGUGUUACACCACCUACAAUACAGAAAGACCAGGUAAACCCUGAUAAUGGUAAGUCUGUGAUCCAGUCACAGUCUGGGCAUGGGAAAUCAACUCUAAAAAGAGAGCAGUCUGAGAAAGAGAGUGUGGAAAACCCUGCUACAGCUCAGUCAGCAAAUGAUAAACCAGGGACCCCUUUUCAGUGGUCAGAGUCUGAUCGAGAUGGUGCAGUGUUACCACCAAAAAUCCCUCGUCAUACAGAAGGAAAAGAGAGCGACUGUAAAGAAGUGGACAUUGAAAUUGACGAAUCUAACGUUAGAUCCAGUCUUGAGAACCAAACACUACUAGGACCUGAAAUUUCACAGCAAUUCACAGGACAAAAAUCUCAGACUUCUGCAGCAAAGUUGAAGUUUAUUUAUGGUGAGGGAGCAGAAGGUUUUACAGGUGUAGACAGAAACAAGUUACAACAAGGAGAAACAUCUGAUGAUACAACUCAACUACCCAACCAGAGAGACAACACUGGUUCUACAGGUACAGAUCAGCAAUUACCAGAAGGACGAGGAAAUACUUCGGAACCACCAAGAUCAAAUGUCAAAAUUUUGUAUGGCAAUGAAGAUAAUAAGGUUGCACCAGGUGCCCAAAGUACCUCAGAGAAUGAUAGUUAUACUCCUACACAGACAUCACACAGAUUCCAGGCCAACAUCAAAAUUCUUCAGAAUAAUGACAAAUCAGGUGAAAACCCUAAGAAAUCAGAGAAGAGUAAUGGUAAUGAAUCUAAUCAAGGAGAUACUUGGGAGCCAACAUAUUCCAUUACUGGGGAUCAGACCAACAUGCUGUCAGCACAAACCUUUACAGGAGAUGUUGUUUCUGAUGUCACAACAAAGUCUGCAUCUAGUUUUGAGGACAUCACAGCAAGAGGGGAUGGACCAGCACCAGAGCCUAUGUCUAUACAGGAAAGUCGGACAGACACUGCUUCAGCCCUUCCUAGCCAUGCAGUACAACAUCCACCAGAGAAUGACAGCAGUAAAACCACAGCAAGAGGGGAUGGACCAGCACCAGAACCUAUGUCUAUACAGGAGAGUGGGACAGACGCUGCUUCGGCCCCUCCUAGCCAUGCAGUACAACUUCCACCAGAGAAUGACAGCAGUAAAACCACAGCAAGAGGGGAUGGACCAGCACCAGAGCCUAUGUCUAUACAGGAAAGUCGGACAGACACUGCUUCAGCCCUUCCUAGCCAUGCAGUACAACAUCCACCAGAGAAUGACAGCAGUAAAACCACAGCAAGAGGGGAUGGACCAGCACCAGAACCUAUGUCUAUACAGGAGAGUGGGACAGACGCUGCUUCGGCCCCUCCUAGCCAUGCAGUACAACUUCCACCAGAGAAUGACAGCAGUAAAACCACAGCAAGAGGGGAUGGACCAGCACCAGAACCUAUGCCUAUACAGGAGAGUGGGACAGACACUGCUUCAGGUCUUAGCCAUCCAGUACAACAUACACCAGAGAAUGACAUCAGUAAAACCACAGCAAGAGGGGAUGGACCAGCACCAGAACCUAUGUCUAUACAGGAGAGUGGGACAGACGCUGCUUCAGCCCUUCCUAGCCGUGCAGUACAACAUCCACCAGAAAAUGACAUCAGUAAAACCACAGCAAGAGGGGAUGGACCAGCACCAGAAGCUAGGUCUAUACAGGAAAGUCGGACAGACACUGCUUCAGCCCCUCCUAGCCAUCCAGUACAACAUCCACCAGAAAAUGACAGUACUCAAGUCAGCAAGUCACAGAAAGGCAUUUUCAAUUUCAACGGUGGUUCUAGGCAAAAGACCAAUAAUGAUGUUUGGCAGAGUCCAGAUAUGAGGUUUGGAAAUGAAUCAAAAUCAGAUGAAAUAAAGGAUGCUCAGCUGUUUGGUGACAAUAGUCCGUCUAGUACAGAAACAUCAGACAUUUCAAAGUCCAUAACAAACGCAUCAACACCAUCUUCCCUAAAAAAAUCAACAAAUGAUAGUGUCCAUACAUCUCCUGUAGAGACAGACAUGGAUAUAGAUGCUUCAAUAGUGAGCAAGAGUGAUGAGGACAGUGGCUCUAGUUAUGAUGAUGAUGAAGAUGAGGAUGAUGACAACAGCCUUGACCAAAAUGAAGAUUUUCAAAAGAAAAAGUCAAAAGAUAAGAAGACAAGUAAUUCCAAAUCGAAAAGAGAAAAAAAGAAAGAGAGAAAAAAAAGAAAUGAAGAAAAGAAAAAGAAAGAAAAAACAAGUGAAUCUAUCCAAUUACAGCCAAAAAAGGGUAAAAGCCAAAAAACUGCUGAUGGUUCAACAUCAGGAAGGACAAGUUGCAAAUCAACAGCUGCAGGUGUAUCAAACAUCAACACAGAUGAACCAAAGGAUUCAGCCACUUCUGACAGUGUUGUGAAGGAUGCAAGCAGAAAAUCAGCAGACUCUAUCACUUCGAUACCAAACAGUGGCAAACGAUCAGUUCCAAGGACACGCUCAGACAUUGUGAAAGUUAUUUUUCAUGCUGUCUUUUCUCCAUCCAUGCUGAAUGAUGCAAAAGGAGGUGCAUACAUACGUCUGUCAUUACCACAAAAUCCUAUUUACAUCAGAAUGAAGAAAGGAAGAAGUUUGGGUGAAGGCUUUGAAGAAUACACAGCAGAAUAUGACUUACCGAAGAAACAUUUAGAUGAGAUCAUCAAUUACACAUACCACAUUGAUGCUUCUUCAGAUGGUUGUCAAGACUAUAUGCCAGAAUUUUUCUAUGAUACAACAUCCCGCAAUGGAGACAUUGGGAGAUUUUUUAAUGUGCAAAGGAAAACCCUUCCUUCAGGUACAUGUUCAUACAUACAUCAUCAAUAUGAUGGCAUUGUUUAUGGAAAACUGGAAUCACCAUUUUACAAAAAGGUGUUGAAGAAGGUUUUUGGAAUGGAUGAUCAUGUGAAAAAUAUGAUUAGCGAUGCUGAAAGGCUUCUGAAAUUCCACUUUGAACAGUUGAUAUCAGAUCUUAAGGACAGUGUCUUGACCCCCGAGGAAUUCACCAUGAUGUUUCUCUCCAUGAUGAAAGGUCUUACAUAUGUGUACUCAUACAGAGCCAGGUUAUGGUAUAAUCCAACUGACUUCGAUUUUUUCGCAGGAAAGAUGUUUAAGGAGUCUGCUUUGACAUUCAUGAAACAUACAUGCAGUCAAGAUUUGAACAUUCCAGAACAUCUCAGACUUGGGAUCAUUAUUACUUUGGUACACGUCAUUAUGUGUAGGUGUCCAUUUGAUGAAAAGGAAUCAAAAGCCAUGGAAACAGUUUGCUUUCUUCUUCAACUUCAACCUUCAGACCAAGAUACUCUUACAAAAUUGAUUGAAGAUCUCAAAAGCCUGUUUCCCACUAUGAUUAGGGCUUUUACAAACACACUUCAGCUGAUGAACAACUGCCUGUGUGGCAAAACAAAUAAUGCUUCUUGGCUGAAACUUGUACCAUUGUUGCACUUUUUAUGGGGAAAGAGUUCUCCAUAUCAACUGCCUUCAACAGAUACUGGACACAGCAAGAAAGAUCCUGUGUGGUGGGGUGUAGAAGAAUAUAAAGGAAAUCCUGGAUACUUCAGUUCAAAAUCAAAAUGGGAUAUUGAUGUGAAAGACUUGCUUCAGAAGUUGGAACCUAUGUUUAAAGUUGAUUAUCUGUUACCACGGACCUUGAUGAGUGUUAUCAAAAUUGGAGACAUGGUGGAGGCCGUGAAGUCAAGACUAUUCUCAUCUGAUUUGUGUAUUGCCAAGCUGUAUUACUGUGUAAAAACAAACUACUUGAAUCAGAGUGAAGAGAAGAUCUUGCAGGACUCGCUAGAAGAUCUCUCUCUACAAAUCAUGGAUAAAGCUGCUGGACAAAAAAAUAUGGAUACACUUUCAAUGGAAGACAGGCAACAACUGCAAUUUGACAUGUACAGACUAUAUGUCAUUGGGAGUGAUCUUCUAACAGUUGCAUUGGAAUAUUACUUAGUAAAAGAAGUUUUCCAAGUCUGUUGUAGCAAAGUCGUUCUGCAAGCUUUGGCACUAUUUGAAGAAACAAAAGGAGGAAAGAAAGUACAAAGCACCAGAAGUGUGCCAAAAAAAUUUGACAAGGAUGCCAUGAUUGUGUUUGAUGAAACAAGAAAAAAACUUGUUUAUUGGCUUGGCAAGAAAUGUUCUCUGAUGUAUAAUAGAUAUGUAUUUAAAGACAGCCUGAAGAUUUGGGACCUGGUAUUGCGCAUUGAAAUGCCAUCCAAACCUCUUGAGGCAAUAUUCAUUGGAUUUUUGAAAGAUGAACUGAUGAAAAUUCUUGAGAAAAAGGUAAUAUCUGCUUUGGAGACAGGAUCAGUCAUCACAACAUAUGGCCAAUCACAAGAUCAGGCAAAGAAGCGCUAUGCGAAACUCUUAUCAAGUGUAUUCGAGAAAUAUUGGAAAGGGAUGACAGAAGAAGAGAUGUUUCAAGAAGCCAUCAAGUGGACUCCUUUUGCCCAUUUUGUGGACAUGUUCUAUCAGGCAGAACAAGGAAAGCACUUAAGUGAUGAAAGUGUUCUACAGCUUAUCAAGGCCACUUCUGCAGUUGAGGACAGAAUGAAACAGUUAGAAAAUGGAACAAUUUUGGUGAAGGAUCAUAGUGUCAUCUGUGCAAACUUGGACUAUUUUGACAAACUUAUCAGGCUGAUGAAGAAAAAGGACAAUCAUGAAAUGAGCCCAACAUACAUCAGACAACUGGUAGACCUGAGGGCAAAGGAGCUACAGGCAUUUCGGGAAGCCUAUAAUCUCGUGACCGUCCUGAUUGAUAUGUGCACUCGAAUUGAAGUUGAUAGAGAAGCUUUAGAAGGACGACACAGAUCCUUACAGGAUUGUAACAAUGCACAAAUGGCACAACUUUUUAAACCUGGAGUUCUGGAUGAACUAAUGCACCCAGAGCAGUACCAGCCAGUGGUGACAGCCUUCAAUCUAAGCCCAGAAGAACUAGAGUUACUUCCACAUAUGAAACAUUGUAUCAACAGCUUAGUCUUCACCAACAAAUGGGACAGCACAGGCCACAAGACCAUACGACAGAUAGGAAGGAAAUUGUCAGUUGCUGAGAUAUUUGAACAUGUAUGGCAACCGUCCAUAGAUUGGUGGAACUCUGUCAGGGGAAAGGUCAAACAAGGAACAAUGACAUUCAAGGAAUUUGACGAAAUGUUUGGCCAACAUGACUAUCAAGUCAUAAAAAAGGAAUUCACUUUAAUGGAGGAAAAUGGACGUUGGAUAGAGGAACGUAUGAAGCAGAUUAAGUUGUUCAGAGAUCUCAAAAAUUGUGUACAAGGAGCCAAGAUCAUCUUAGAGGUCGUAGAUGCCUAUGGACUAAAGGGAGACUUCACACCAAUACAGCUUAUUACAUCUGUCAUGAGUGGCACAGACAUAGCGAUGAAUGACUUGGACGAGUCCCUAAGGCAGACCUGCUCAGUCCUUGGUGGUGUACAGGAAAGUCACAUUGUGUGUCUCAGAGAGUUCAUCAACUGUGAACCACUCAUACUCUGGCUGAAGGAGUCGAUGCCAUCUGGGUUGAAGGAACUGAAGGUGUUUGUGGAUCUGGCCACUAUCUCUGCUGGAGAGGGCGAUAUAGAGAUUGCCAAGGUGCGAUGUUUACACUCAGCCACCACGGGAUAUUCUCCACUGAUCUUCAACCUCACAGACGAUAUCGGCUACAAAGACUUCCUGAACAAAUGUGAAUUGGUGUGGAAAGAGCUGGAAGCUGAUCCAAACCUUCACAAGAAGUUGCAUGAUACUAACAGACAAAUCGAAUGGCUGAAGACCGUGAAAAAGGCUCAUGGCUCUGUUGAAGUUACCUCCCUUGCCCAAACAGAGGCAAUUAACUCAGUUGGGAUUUAUCAGGUUGGACGUUUACCGGAUCAAAAAUGGGACCAAAAACCGGAGUUAAAAGAUGUGAUCAGUCUACAUGUGUCGGAAGAUGAGAAUGGAGCAAGGCAGAGAAAACUGUACCACUACGACAUGCUUCAUGAUCUACAGAGUCGACUCAUGUUGGUGGCUGGCAAGGCAGAGAAGGGCAAGGAUGACGUGGAUCGUUUUACAUUGAUUUUGGAUUCAGUUGUUCGCCUUGCCAACACCUAUAUCAAACUGGUGUCAUCAGGAUGUGUGUUGUUCUCCGAAUGGAAAGCCAGGUUCUUGUGUGACAGAAGUCGAAAGGCUUGUUCCUUCAUCACUUUUGGGACGGGAGAUAAUGUGAAUAGCUUGAAAGGAAGGAAAGCCACAGAGGAUGAUGAUGUCAGCUCAAUUGUUCCGAGAAUUGCUAAAUUCAUGGAGAAAUGCUAUGACCAAUGGCUACAGUAUAUUGCAGACAAAAGAGAUAAAUACUACGAACUGAACCAUCUAACCAUUGACCAAAUGGUUAUUCUUCAGAAGGAACUUGUCAAGGUUGGAACUGAGCAGGAACCAUCUAAGCUCAUCUUUCCCCUGCUAUCGGCAAUAAAGAAAGAUUGUAGUAUGUCUGAUCUGAUUUCUGCCAUGAAAACUGCCAAGAGAGAGGUUGAGGAUAUGGAUGAAAUUCGGGAUGAGGAAAUGUCAGAAACAUCUUCUGAAAAAGAGAUGGAAGAGGGUGAAGAGGAAGCAUUAUUUAUUCAGGAAGUGGUGAAAACAGGCUUCACUGAAGAACUUGCCAAGAAGGCUUUGCAUCAUUUCAAGGCAGAUGAAAUAGAUGAAGCUGUAGUAUGGUGCAUGGACCAUGAUGAAGAGUCUGACACUGAUGAAGUCAUGGAUGUUGAACAGAAUGUAAAUGAGGAAGGGACUGAACCCCCAGAUGAGGAAUACCAGGGCUGGACAAACACACCACUGUCAAUCUCAACUGUUACUUCAGAACUUCUAUCCACACUCGAACACAUAAACCAAGAAGUGCGAGUAGACCCACUUAUCAAGGAACUUGAGAAGCUAUGGGAGAAGUUUCUGACGUCCAUUUCCUCCAGUGUGUCUGACUACUUGAGUGUAGAACACCUUGGACUUGUCCUCGAAUGUCUUGCAGGCAAAGAAACAUUCAGUAUGAGAAGACACCUGAUCCAGAGUUUUAAGGAGGGGGAACCAAAUCUCAUCAUUUGUCCCCAAAAUGACAUUCUCAACACAGUAUUAACCAUCUACAUGAACGACAGACAAGAACCUCUACCACAGCCUGAUGAGGUCCUCAUCUGUUCUGGUCAUACAACCCUGGACCAGUUGGAUAUAUUCUGGAGACGAGCUGUUUUUAAUCAGAGUGGCCAGAUCUACUGUCUGGCUAACUCCGACCUUCUGGACUAUGAAGUCAGUGACAAGGGGGAACAAUGUCUAGAGAGACACAUGCAAAAAGCCAAAGAGAAGGGUAUAAAGUACAGACUGGUUGUCCUGUGCAGCACAGAAAAUGAAUAUAAAUCCAGAAUUGUUGCUGCAUUAGAGAGGUUCCGCAGGCCACAACUUCCUGUAGCCAACCAACAACUCAUCCAAAGCUACCUCCAAGACAAGCUGAAAAUAAGCAAGGCACAUACGAAAAUCAGCCCAGCAUCUUCAGUGGAUUUCGGAGGGUCAACAGUGCGAGUAGUGAAGUCCUGGAGAGCUGGGGUGGGGAAAUCUCUGUACAAGACGAGAAAGGCUACAGAUCUGAAGGUUCUGUACCCCAACAUCAAGAGAACGACUGAUGCAGUGGUGUCCAUUCCUCUCCACGAGAAGGAAAUUGAUGUGGACAUGAUCAUGAACAGAUUACUAGAGUGUACAUUGCCAGCAGGCCAGUUAGAGCCAAGAAUCUUCCACAUAGACAUAUCAUAUGAGGUUUACAUAGGUGUAGAUGCCUUCUUGUUCCAACUGUUGGUCCUUGGCUCUCUCGUCAAUAGUGCUGGUUAUGUGUGGAUCAAGUCACCAUGUGACCAUUACCUGGUGGAGGCCAUGCCCCUUCUCACAGCAGACAGUACUAAACAGAGAGGAGGUGAACAGAUGUGUUUCCACCGAUGUUUUGAGAUCCUCCCAGAUGUCACCUGUCGCUCCCCCGAGGAAAGCUUGUAUAUCCUACAGGGACGGAAACCAUGUGAUUAUGCAGAUACUGACCUGCUGUUUGAUAGACAGGAGUUUGAGAGCGCCGUGUUCCAGCGUCCAUAUCAGUAUCUACGUCGUCUGGAUGAACGAAGAGGCCUGGCUGAUAUCAAUCCCUUUUCACCAGAAGGAGACCAGAUCAACUGUCUACAAACGUUUUUAAGACACUGCGGUGUGCGGGACCCAUCAUGGGCAGAGCUGAAGCACUUUGUAUGUUUCCUGAACUCACAGCUACAGGACUUUGAGGUUUCUGCCUUCUGUGGGGCAGCAGCCAAAGAAGAUUUACCUGGAUUUGACAAAUUUGUACUGAAGUUCCUAAUCCAGAUGUCAAGGGACUUUGCCACUAGGUCACUGGUGAUGAGCGAGGAGUCUCCGAUCCAGAGGAUGCAAAGACUGGCCCUACAUGAUGAGGAGACAAAAGGAGCAGCUGAUGAUGAGAAUAUCAUCCAACAAUUCCAGAUGAGGAGGACAUGGGAAAGCAGUCCCCACCCAUAUCUGUUCUUUAACCCUGAUCAUCAUUCGAUGACAUUUGUGGGGUUCAAGAUCCAGAGGGCAACAGGUGAUCUGAUGGAUCAACAAACUGGAGAUAUUCUGGAACGACGUAUAAUGCAACGAGAGCUUCAGGACAGUCUCAUCAGAAACAAGGUCAACAUUGAUGAGAACUUUGAUGUACUUGCAAGGCAUGAGAAGAUUCUGAAACUAUGCAGUGUAAUGGGAAUGGACAUGCCCCAUGAUCCAGAUGAUACGUAUGAACUGACUACAGACAAUGUGAAGAAAAUCCUGGCCAUCUACAUGAGGUUCAAGUGUGACAUCCCAGUUAUCAUCAUGGGGGAGACUGGAUGUGGCAAAACUCGUCUCGUCAAGUUUAUGUGUGCACUUCAGUGUCCUCCCGGUGUAGAGCUCAAAAACAUGAUCCUCAUGAAGGUCCAUGGUGGAACGAAAACAAAGGACAUCAUAAAAAAAGUGACAGAAGCAGAAGGAAUUGCCAGAAAGAAUGCUGAUACAUAUGGACAUCAUAUCCAGACUGUUCUCUUCUUUGAUGAAGCUAACACCACAGAAGCCAUUGGCCUGAUCAAGGAGAUCAUGUGUGACCGCACUAUUGGUGGUAAUCAACUCAAACUGUGUCGCAGUCUGAAGAUCAUCGCAGCAUGCAACCCAUACAGGAAGCAUUCCGAGGAGUUGAUAAAACGACUGGAGCAGGCAGGUUUGGGAUACCAUGUGGAUGCUGAAAAAACUACAGACAAAUUAGGUCGGGUACCACUUCGCCGCCUUGUGUACCGUGUGCAGCCCUUACCUCAGAGCCUUCUGCCCCUUGUCUGGGACUUCGGACAGCUCGACACACGUGUAGAAGAGCUCUACAUCAGACAGAUGGUUCUCAGAUAUAUUCGUGCUGGCAAGCUGCCACUCCUGGACAACUUGGAAAAUGUUGUCAGUAAGAUACUGACUGUUUCUCAGGACUUCAUGAGGCAACAGAAGGACGAGUGUAGCUUUGUAAGUUUACGAGAUGUAGAGAGGGUACUCGAAGUGAUGAGUUGGUUCUACGACCAAAGUCAGUCAGACUCAGGACUGUUUGAUUUGUUAGAGGGGAGCUCGGAUGAAAAAUCAGAUGAAGAGGAUAUGUCAGAUGAUGAAGGACAGAGUGUAACAAAGGAUAUUGAUGAUGUAACAAGGUCACUACUGCUGGCAUUAGGGGUAUGUUACCAUGCUUGUCUGAAGAAACGAGAGGAAUACAGGACUGCAGUGGUACCACACUUCAUACAACCGUGUCAAAUACCAGGGCCCGAUCCAGCUCACAGAAUGUUGGAGGAAAUAGAACAAUGUCAGGAUGUUUUCCUCGAGAAUGUACAACUUGGAAAGAACAUAGCACAUAAUCAGGCAUUGAAGGAAAAUGUCUUCAUGAUGGUGACUUGUAUAGAACUAAGGAUACCACUUUUCUUGGUCGGCAAACCAGGGAGUUCGAAAUCACUGGCCAAGACAGUGGUAAACAAUGCCAUGCAAGGGCAUGCUGCUCACUUUGAUCUAUUCCGUGGCUAUAAGGAGGUCCAAAUGAUGUCAUAUCAGUGCAGUCCACUUUCCACUCCUGAUGGUAUUUCUGGAAUGUUCCGACAAUGUGCCCAGUUCCAGGAGGACAAGGACCUAACCAGAUUUGUGUCUGUUGUUGUCCUGGAUGAAGUUGGUCUUGCAGAGGACUCACCACGUAUGCCACUCAAGACAUUACAUCCACUUUUGGAAGAUGGAUGUGAAGGGGAUGAGGAACCAAAACCAUACAAAAAGGUAGCAUUCAUUGGUAUCUCUAACUGGGCUCUAGAUCCGGCCAAGAUGAACAGAGGAAUUUUAGUCCAGAGGGAAGUUCCUGAACUCGAGGAGCUCCAACUCAGUGCCAAGGGAAUUUGCCAAACCAGCAAAACUGUUUAUAAGCUGAUCAAGCCUCUUAUUCCUCAAAUGGCCAAGGCUUAUUUAGAGCUGUUUCAAAGUGCCUUGAAAAUGAGGGAGUUUUUUGGACUGAGGGACUUUUACAGUUUGUUGAAAAUGGUAUAUGCCUUCGCUGACCAGCAGAAGAGAAGACCAACAUGGCACCAGAUGCAGCACGCCAUCAUGCGUAACUUUGGAGGAAUGGAUGAUAUCAAUCCUGUUAAUGUGUUUGCUCAGGCUCUCACUACUGUCAACAUAACUGAAAAGAGAAAAGAUUACGAUCCUGACUGUUCACCAGCUGGUCUGAUCCAGGCAUGUCUAAUGGGGGACACAAAGGACAGUGAGAGUCGAUACCUGCUUCUAUUGACUGAAAAUUACGGAGCAUUGACUAUUCUGCAGCAGGAAAUCCUAAAGAAGCAGAAGGCAAUUACCAUAUUUGGUAGUAGCUUCCCAAGUGACCAGGAAUAUACACAGGUUUGUAGGAACAUCAACCGCAUCAAGGUGUGUAUGGAGACAGGCAACACUGUGGUUCUCCUUAACCUGGAGAACCUUUACGAGAGUCUGUAUGACGCCCUCAACCAGUAUUAUGUUGAGUUCGGCGGCGAACGAUAUGUUGACCUUGGCUUAGGGACACAUAGAGUCAAGUGCAGAGUCCAUAGAGAUUUCAGACUUAUAGUGAUAGCUGAGAAGCAGAUUGUGUAUGACAAGUUCCCAAUCCCUCUUAUCAACCGUUUGGAAAAGCAUUUCCUGAAUGUGUCCACCAUGUUGACAGAAGAACAGCUUGAUUUAACAGAGAGACUUGAGCAUUGGGCUAAGGACUUUGUAAACUGCCAGGGCUCUUCAAUGGUUUAUUCACGUACAAGAAUGAAGAAAGAUGAGUUUUCUGUGGGGGAUGUGUUCAUGGGUUACCAUGCUGACAGUUGUGCUGCUAUUGUGCUACAUGUGUACCAGGAGGAAGGACAAUUAGACCGUACCCAGGUCUUUGACUCUGCUAAGAGAAUGUUACUUUGGUGUGCUACACCUGAUGCAGUGAUGAGACUGAAUUCUACACUCCCGGCUCAAGAGGAAGGAAGUCUGAAUGAGAUUUACUGGGAGGAACAGCAGCACCAGUCUCUGUCUGCAUACCUUUACCAGAAAAUCAGGCAGGAAAACAGAGACAGCCAUUUUGCCCAGGUGACCACCCACUCCAAGUUGAUUACAAGUGUAGACCUAGAAGAACUAUCACUCAAGCUUGGGAUCCCCAUAGACAACAUGGUGUUACUAAACCUUCAGUCAUUUGACACAGAACAACAGUUCUGUAGACAAGUCAAGGUUUGUUUUGAGAGGGAGGAAGAUGAGAUGCUAUUGAUAGUCCAAAGUGACUGUGGCGACCAGAAUGCCAGCCUCGUGGCCUGUGCCAGGUACUGUAUUCAGGAUGAGCUCCAACAGCUGGGUUAUCGAGUCCAGGCAAACAGACAUGCCAUCUUUGUCAUACAGCUGCCAAGGGUUGCAGGAGGUUGUUUCAAUGGAUUCCAGUGUGGGCGUUGGCAUUCGCUCCAUAUUGAUGACAUUCGACCGGAGGGUGAUACGCUAAGGAUAUCAGAGAUGAGAGGGAAAUCUGUGGGAACUUUGAUACAUCAUGCAGUUUGGGAAGAAACUGGGCAGGCUACUGAAGUUUCCAUGGAAACCAAUGUCCCGGAGGAUCAAGAUGGGCGACAAACAGACAUGGAUGUGGAUGAAGAAGAUAUCCAUCUGGAUUUUAACAAUAUGAAUAGAAACCCAUCUAACCCAACUCAUCAUAAACUUCCUGUGGAAAGCCUUGUACUCAGCUGUAUUCAGGCUGCAUUGGCAAUGGUCAAGGACACAAAGAUGGACAUAGCACGGUCAACAGAAAGGGUCAAUCAGCUGUUGGAUUUAAUUCACUAUGGCAAAAGUAAUCUAGUGUCCAACAACCUUGUGAAGGGCAUAUGCAAACAUCUGGAUGUGUUGAUGACUGAGAAAGAAGAAGCUGCUGUCAACCCUGGGAACUGGCUGGCAACGGAGGCUGCUAAAGCUGAAGUUAUCAAUACAGCAGGGACAUUCAGGCGGGCAUGGAUCCAGUGUUUGGAGACUAAAGUGACCCCGAUACUGACUGGGAUCAUUGCAUUCAUAGAUACAAACAGGAAUUUGGAGAGUUUGUACUGGGCCACAGAUGGGGACUGGGUUCAGCAACUGUGGCUGGGAACCAUCAACUGUACCAAGGCUACAGGUCUACAAUACUCUCAGCUGGUGUCACCUGGUCAUUCCCAUCAGGAACUUCCUGAGGUGAUGGUCAGACACACAGGGACAGAUGGUCACCUGUUCACUGCCCAGAUGCCGUUCUCAUGGAUCUUCUACAGGCUGAUAGAGGAUUUACUGAAUACCACAAUGAUUAAUACACCUGACACAGACUCCCUUGACAAAGUGAACACAGUUAGGAAUUUCUUGGCCAGCAAGCCGAUAGGUAUCAUGCUCCAGCCCCUCAUUGACAGAGACAGACAAAGUGUCCUGAAGGCCUAUAUCAGUGACUUUGUCCACAUGAGGUAUCCUGUGUCAUCUCAACAGGAACAUCAGCUUGUUUGUGAGAGUGUGUACAUUGGAUCCAGUUCUAUCCUCCAACACCAGGCUGGUGAUGGAGUUGCCAUGUUGAUAGCCAUUCAUUUAGCAUAUCACCAGAAUGUCAGCAGGUUCCGUAACUUCUCUAGUCUCAACCGAGUGUGGCCAGAAUGUAGUGAGACCAUCAUAGAUUUUCAGGCAAGCAGUCCGAACUUCUUCCUCUGCACCGAUGAAGAAAUGACCUUGGAUGUAAUGGGCUUGCGUCUACUACUUGAGAAACUGGAGCCAUUGAAAGAGACACUGAAUAAAGUAGUAAGUCGUGCUGAGUGGUUACAGAGAGUACGUCACUAUCGGCCUGUUGUGGAGAGAUUGCUGGAUAUGGUUCAAUCUGGACAUGAUCUGGAAACAGUUCAGUGUGGACCUCGCUGUGUCAAGGGCAUUCUGGAAGCCAGAAUGACCUGGACCUGUGUGCUGGUGGUGAAGUUAUUUAUAGAACAUGUUUACUCUAUACAAGCAGCUGAUGACAAGUUUACCAUCAACAGAUGUAUGCCAUUAUGGACCAUGAUGAAAACUGGUGCCAACAUGAAAUCGUUAGAAGCUUUAGAAAAGGUGGAGAAGUUCUUGAAGAUGUGCAACAAACUAGCUGUCGCUCACUACUUUGAUAUCAACAAAAAUGACAAGUGUAAAAAUUGUGAGAAUGAGCUUGAAGGACCUCCUGUCUACCUUCCAUGUAAGGACAAAAUCUGUCCACAAUGUUACAAUGACAUUUUGAUCAUCAAAGAGUUGAUAUGCCCAGUUUGUCACUCAGAAAUUCCUGCCAACUUGAAAGCAAAUGAAGAUGUUCACAAAAGUGAGAAAAGUAAGAAGUACUUUGACUACAAGAAGAGGAUCAAUAGUUUCUUUAUGGAGGUUGUGUCCCAGCUGUGUUUUGCUGAAGACACACCGCCCUCUGAUGAAGUAGUCCGGAAACUUCUCGGUUACAUCACAAGGUCAGCUGACAAGGGCAUGGUAGUAACCAAGAAGAUGACAAUAUUUGAUGACAGCAUUGACCCUACUCCUGUUCUCAGAUCAUUUCUGCUGCAGCUUCUCCUGCAGACCAGUGGAGAACAAGUGUCCGUCUAUCUUGAAUCCUACCUACAACAGGCUGUACAAUUUGUGGACCAAACGGGACAGGAGCAGCUCAUAGAACUGUGUCUCCUGAUCCUACAGUGUGUUGAGGAUGUUUACCACCAAGAAGUUUCCAAGAGUGAAACACCACAAAAGAAAGAAGUACAAAUGGCUACAGUGAUGUUGAGAGACUCUAUACACAGCAUUAGUAUAGAAGAAUUGAGUGUCGUGAAAUUGUACACCUUGGCAGAGACACGGUUUGCACUGAGUGUAGCAGCAAAGUAUGUACAGAAAAUCUACGUGGACAAAUCAGAGAGGAUGACAAAAGGCCCGAGACAGAUGAUUGAUGCUGCAGCCAAACUUUGUGAAGAAUGUGGCUUUGACUGGCCUUGUAUAUAUUUUAUCAAGCAGCUGUGUCGUUGUUAUGGAUUGGACAGCUAUCAGACAGUAUGUAAGUCUGGAGAUGCUAAUAUGUGUCGCUGGCUACAAAUGCUUGACCUUGACAGAGAGGAGGUACUGGAGUGCUCUGACCUGUUUGUGGUGUGUGGAGAUCAGUACAUCACCUGUCGGGAGAUAGUCACCAAGUGUAUUCUAGGACAGGACCCGGCUUCUCUCAUACAACAUUUGGAGGCCUUGCAAAUUGUGAAUUGGAAGAAGAGAAUACCUGUACUGUUGGCAGUAUAUAGAGAAGUGACCAUGUCCAAUGUGUACCCUGAAGACAAGAGGAAAACACAGCCAGAGAUGUUUGAACAGCUCCUGGAUGUCUUGUCAAGUCAUCAAUUGUUUCAAGCACAGGAAAACCUCCUGAAGGCAUUGUUCCAAAAUACAAUCUGGCAAAAAAUACGUUAUUUGAACAUCCAUCCGGGAAUGGAACUGAAGGACCAGAGCAUUGUGUGUCUGCUGGUCCAUGCAGGGAUAACUUUCCUACAGAUUCCAGACGAGCACACUCUGUUACAGCCACUUAUAACGCUGGCCCUUCUACCACAGAACAUGGCAAGGUCCUUUCUACCCACCAUGCCACAGGAUGACAUGCCACAGGUCAGGGAGGCUCUAUUAGCAGCCAGGACAGGCAAUGAAAAUCCUGUGCUUUAUCGUUGUCCAAAUGGUCAUCCAUACAUAAUUGGAGAUUGUGGCAGAGCAUACGUGCUGGGGAAGUGUAAAGAAUGUGGACAAGACAUUGGAGGUACACAACAUAAUCUCCUUGAGAGCAACGCAAAGGAUGAUGGUUUAAAGGAUUGCCACCUGCGAGCCAUCCGUCUUGUUCCCAGCAUCUUACGCCUCCAGAGGAUGUUGAUCAGUAAAUACCAGAGGAAGCUGGACAGGGCCGAGGCUACAGCCUUCACUGUGGAAAACGUUCAGACUGACUUCAUUCAAGAUGGUAAGGAAGAUGAGGUAAGACAGCUGAUACAAGAUUUUGCUGAGGCCUGGAAUUGUGUCCGGCAGGCUCUUGAAACUUUUCCUUGUCCAACAACUACUGGUAUUGCUGUGGUGUCCAAAGAGUUCAGUUCCCAGCAGAUUACAGGAAAUACACCAAUCUCUCUGUUGUUGCCUACAAUGAAAGAUGCUGGUCUCUGUUCAUACAUACUUGUGUACUUCCUGUUGAAAAAACAGAAAAGUUUUCUGGAGAAAUACUGCAAGGUCAAGCGACAAAGAAUGACCGACUUACCAAAGGUCAAAGUUCAUGAUCUUAGUCCUGCCCACCUGAUCAGCUACCAUCCAGAACGAGACAUUCUCCCCAUCGUCCUUGCUAACUGUAACUACUCGUUUGAAGUUGGCAAGGGCACCAAGAUUGAGUAUGACUUUGGAAAUAUUGAGAGACAACUAGGAGACCGAUUUUUGUUUGCAAAAUCAGACAUUGACAUAGAUGAGAUUGAAGUGAUGACGUACAGAUCAGAUGUCACAAAUGCUGUUGUCUUCAAGAGUUUGAGAGAGAAAAUACCACAGGUACAGCUGGGAGCUGCAGUUCGACACCAGAUUUGUCAGGAACUGCGAAGUUUGCCUGAAAUCUGUGACUGUCUGGACAAGCUGGAUAUCACCAUCAGCUUCCUUAAGUCUGUAGGGGAAGAGCCUACCAACUCUCUAGACACCUUCAUGACACAGACUCUCAAACUGACACACCCACUGGUCAGUCCCAAGUCCAAGGCAGUAUGUCAGUGUCAGCAUGUCCAGUGUCUUUGGCUUACUCUAGCACAAGAAAAGACAAAGUGCCUGGCAAAGCAUAGAAAGGAUGUGUUCGACAGUCUUGGAGAGGAGUACAGAAAGGAGUUGUCUGUACAACAGAGAGAGAAUCUGAAGUACUUCUGUGAGGGACUGCAGGCAGAUAAGUUGGAGUUCCUCCUGGAGUUUCUGUUUGAGUGCAUCAUGUUGAUGAUCGCCAUCCCACAAAACCAGGACGACGAAGAUUAUUAUGAUAUAGGUAGUCAAAGCCUUCACCGAAAUCUGGAAGGUUACUUGUACAGCCCUUUGUAUGACGAGGAACCUCUCCUCCCAGACUGGAUUAAUGAGACCAUUACCAGACUGGACGGGGACGAUCAGGAGAAGCUGCUUGUGUCACAAUGUGUCAACGUGUGGCUCUUCUUGUUCAACGCCUACAGCAGCAAGGCGAGGGAGAGGAGGUAGAGAGGGACAUCUGGUGUCACAAUGUGUCAACGAUGUGGUUCUUCUUGUUCGACGCCUACAGCAGCAAGGCGAGGGAGAGGAGGUAGAGAGUGACAUCUGGUGUCACAGUGUGUCAACGUGUGGCUCUUCUUGUUCGACGCCUACAACAGCAAGGCGAGGGAGAGGAGGUAGAGAGUGACAUCUAGUGUCAUAAUGUGUCGAUACGUCUUGUCGACACCUGUAUCAAAAAGAUCGUUAUGAUUGACUUGUGCAUAUCAGAUAUUAUGGGAUGCAAUUGAAGUAUACAAUGUGUGUAAAAGGAGACAUAUCCUUUAAGAAAAUUAUUUACACACACCUUAGAUGUUGUAUUUUAUUAUGUGUUACUGAAUUUCAAUGAUUUUGGACUUAUAAGUCAUAAGUAUUGAGUUUUAUUGAAAUGUCGGUAUUCUGAUAUGGUCGUAGUUAUAUUGUAGUAUGUAGAUAUAGUGUAUCAUGUUCUUAUGGAACCAGCAUCAUAGCCAAUAUAUUUAAUAUUAUAUAACAAUGUGACUGACUAACAUUGUACUUACAAUUACAUCAUCUUGUUUAUGUAUCUUCUUAAAUGUGAUUUAAUUGCUUUAUAUUUUGAAAUCACUACUUAUCAUUAUAUUAGUACUAGUGCUACUGAAUGUCUAGGCAGUUAUGUGACUGUUACUACACGUAAUGUGACUGGAAUAUCAGACAUGGUCGCGAUGGUUAAGGAAUGUGUUUUAUGUCUAUAUGGCUGUUACUACACUUAAUGUGACUGGAAUAUCUGACAUGGCCGCGAUGGUUUAAGAAUGUAUUUUAUGUCACAGUUGUUACUACACUUAAUGUGACUUGAAUACCCCGAUAUGGUCACGAUGGUUAAGGAAUGUGUUUUAUGUCUAUACGGCCAUUACUACACGUAAUGUGACUGGAAUAUCUGACAUGGCCGCGAUGGUUUAAGAAUGUGUUUUAUAUGUUGUAGCAAUGCUUGUAUAAUGUUAAAUUCAGAAACAUGUCUUGUGUGGUUUUAGUAUUCUUGGUAUGUUUGUUGGUAGUAGAUAUUUAAUGGAAUUUGCUACAUCAUACUUAUUUGUAAUGUGCUACAACAUCAUAGUUAUUUUUAUAUGCUACAAUAUCUGUACAAUGUGAUAUGCUACAGUAUCUGUACAAUGUGAUAUACUACAAUAGCAGAUCUCUGCCUGUAUAGUUUUAAUGUGUUUGUUAAUGUUUAAAGAAUAUCAGCUAAUACUUCUCAUAUUGAAGUGUAUUAUGAUAUGUGGAUUGAAUAACAAUUUUACUGUAAUGUCAAACUGAUAACAAUGUUAUAACAAAUCUGUGGCGACAAUAACUAAAUCAUUUUAUACCCCGUCCCCAGUCACAUACUCGUAUACCAACAUGUUACCCCAUGUUGGUGUUUUCCUACAUGCUUUAUUACCAGGAGAUUUAUGAUUUAGUGAUGUUGUAUAAUACCAAACACAUUAUUGUAACCACCAUUAUUAUUAUCUACAUAAUGUUUAAUGUACUAAAACUAUAUAUAAUCUCUAUUUUUACAAGUGUCUGUGUAUUACUUAUUAUUGUUAUUGAACAUAUUAAAUAUACAGAAGAUUGUAUAUAAUAUAUAUGAUCGAUGUGUUAGGGUAAAAUGGUUACAGACAAUCAGUACCAGGGGUAAGUUUUAAAUUCUGCAGGGGUACAACAAUUGUUUGCCCCUUACAUUCAUUACUGUUAGUGUUUAUAACAUUACAAGCUGUUAAUUCCCAUGUUGAUAACAUGGGAAAUGAUGAUAUGAUUUUUUUUGUUAUUUUUAAUGAAACUUGAACUUCUUGUUUUUAAUAGAAGUGUUCUGUUUCAAUCUAUUUACGGAAUGAAGGAAUAGAAUCAGGAUCAUUAAUUAAUUUUGUUGACAUUUCAAAAAGUAUGGAUGUUCUUGCUGUUAAGUGGUAACUACCUUGUAAGUAAUCAUGUGCUGUAUAAAAAAUAUAGGAAGCU